AUGCCGCAACGAAAACAAAUAUUCCUCCUCGACCUCCCCAACGAGCUCCUUUAUGAGAUCGCCCACUAUGUUAAAAACCCAAAGGAUCUCCUGAUGACCUGUCAUCGCUUCUAUAGCAUCGUUUACCCGCACUUUCCCGAAUCAUUCUCCGCAAAUUGCACAUCCCCUACGUUAAUGCUUCAUUACGCCAUCACUGCCCGCGUUAACGAAACUACCUUCCGCCGCUUGUUUACCCAUAUUACUGAGCCUCUUACCUUUUACGACCCCCCCGACCACCCUGACAAGAUAUUAGCCACUGUAGAUAACAUCGAUGAAAUUACAGCCCGUGUUAUGGCGAGACCUACGACGAUAAGACUAGAACGACGCAUUCUGCCCUCGUACCGCGAGCACCACGUCGGUACUGCACUCAUGCAUGCUAUAUAUACCAAAAAUGUGAAGAUGGUUAAACAUUUUACCGAGGUCUUGAAUCCUGCGGCGAUGUUCCGUUCCCGAAACUUAGACGUUCCAUUUGAUACCGCCGUGUCUAGAUUCGAAACCGACAAAACCGAUACCGACAACAUCGCGAUCUUGAAGAUAUUAUUCAAGACUGUCCAUAUAAAGUACUACGUAAGUUGCCGGGGACACUUCUGUACACCGCUGUUUUGGGCGGCGCUGCACAAUUUCGAGGAUGAAGUGGGAGCAUUGGCGUCGAGGAAGGCCUCGUUCAAUGACACUGAAUUAUAUGGGGGGCUCACGCCCUUAACGAUGGCAAUUUCGGCAAACAACGAUAAGAUGGCAAAGCUUUUGAUUAAGCUCAAUCCUAAGUCUUUUUUGGAACAGACACAAUGCGCGGUGGCAGUGGCAAGGAAAAAUGGCAACGGGAGUCUGGCUAGAUAUAUGAUAGCUGAGUCGCUUCGCCUGGCUGGUGUUGACAGGGUGUAUGGGUGGAGUGCACUUCAUAUGGCAGUAAAAGACAAGAACGAGGGGCUGGUGGGAGAGCUAUUGGGGAAAGGUGUGGACGUUGAUGCGCAGGACAACAACGGUAGAACUCCACUUCAUCUGGCAGUAAAUGAUGAGGAGGUAUCCAAUGCCAUAGUGAUACUUCUGAUCAAGAACGGCGCCAAAGUCUCCGCGAAGGAUUAUCGUGGCAAAACACCCCUUCAUCUUGCGACACGCCAAUUUUCUCUCUCGGUUGUGAGGACUUUACUACAUGCUGGGGCAGAUGUCAAUGCGAAGGAUAGACAUGGGAAUGGGCCUUUGGAAAUUGCGCAAAAACUGAUGUAUAUGGAUCCGGAGCAUUAUCAGGACAUUUCCUCGAUAUUGAUUUAUGGUGGUGCUAUUCCAAGCAGAGAUGGACAUUAUGUGUCUUUUUUCAAUCGGGGUUAUUCCAUGAUCCAGGAACAGGCGGUUGGAAGCCCCAGGACGGCAAUAGAUUACAUGUAG